AUGGCCUCCGCCAACUGCGCGCGGUGCCUCACGAGGCCCACGACGGCCGCCGUCCCCCGGAUAUCGCAACGCAUCGUCCCCGUCAUCACCUCCUACGCCCCCCUCGCCGCCGUCACGGCCUUCCCGUCCGGCACCGCACCGUUCUCGACCUCCCCCGCCCACGCCGUCAACAGCGCCCCCGCCCGCAGGGUGCAGUACUGGGGAAAGCACAUCCGUCGCGGCAAGAUCAACCAGAACGCGAAGAAGAAGCGGGACGGCCCCCGCGUGAGGAAGCCCGCGCCGGGAGAGCGUAAGGCGUUCCGCAAGCGCAUCACGCUGAGCAACAACAAUGCGCUCCUCGUCGAGGGCCUGCAGCCCGUCGCCGGCGAGACGCUGGCCUCGGAGGCGGCCAAGGGAACCAUGGUCGGCCUGCCGGACAAGCUCGUCGACCAGCUCCGCGCCCUCGAGGCGUUCAAGACGACGCAGUGCUGGAGCCUCUUCAGGAAACCGCACAUGCUCGUGAGGGAGGAGACGGUGAAGCUCGCGAAGAGGCUCGACGGCGCCGUCAAGGAGAGGCAGACGUUGAGGAUGAUUCUGACGGGUGACAAGAUCGCGGGUAAGAGCAUGUUGCUGUUGCAGGCCAUGACUCACUCUCUGUUGAACAACUGGGUUGUCAUCAACAUUCCCGAAGCCCAGGAUCUCACCAACGCCAACACCGACUACUCCCCCAUCCCCAAGUCCAACCCCCUCCAGUUCACCCAGCCGACCUAUUGCUUCGAUCUCCUCCAGCACAUCCUCAAGGCCAACGGCAACGUCCUGAAGCAGCACAAGGUCACCAAGAAGUACCCCGAGCUCCUUCACGUCCCCGAGGACGGCACCCUCUACGACAUCGCCAACUCGGCCAAGGAGCCCGACUUCGCCUGGGCCGCCUUCCAGGCCCUCUGGUCCGAGCUGACCACCAACCCCGGCGGCCCCCCCGUCCUCCUCACCCUCGACGGCCUCGCCCACAUCAUGCGCAUCUCCGCCUACCGCAGCCCCUCCUUCGAGCUCGUCCACGCCCACGACCUCGCCCUCGUCCGCCUCUUCGUCGACGCCCUCAGCGGCAAGACCCCGCUCGCCAACGGCGGCGCCGUCAUCGCCGCCACCAGCCGCAGCAACGCGCCCCGCUGCCCCUCCAUGGAGCUCGCCCUCGCGCAGACCGCCGCCGCCGCCGCCGACCUGCACGUCCCCACCCCGGACCCCUACAAGAAGGGCUACGACGACCGCGUCCACGAGGCCGUCCGCAACGUCGAGACGUUCGACGUCAAGGGCGUCACCCGCGAGGACGCCCGCGCCGUGAUGGAGUACUGGGCCGCCAGCGGUAUGCUGCGCGCGCGCGUCGACGCGGGUACCGUUUCGGAGAAGUGGACUCUUGCCGGUGGUGGUAUCCUGGGUGAGCUGGAGCGGGCGAGCUUGCUCAACUCGCGUGUCUUGCAGUAG